AUGUAUCAACCCACAACCAAAACAGUAGCUUCUUGUAGUCUUUGUGAUCAGCGCCGUAUACUCAGAAUCUCCAGAGAUGCCGUGAGAAGUCAGUUAUCACCGUCGCAAAGUCAAGGGCCUCAUCGACUCUCAUCGAUCGUCGACGCGUCGAGGCGCGCGAGUUCGCGAAUCGACAGUGACGUUGGCCUCCUUGCGCAUUCUCGCCACGACACCGAAGUCACCACCGACUUUCGACAACGGAACAUCGUUUCAAGAAGAGAGGAAUCUUCUACGAAAAGAAGGAGCUCACGGAUGCAGGCGAUCAAUAUGCCCUUGAUCACCAGUUUCAGCUCGACGUUCGCAAGUCUGACACGCGUCAUUGGCACGUUGUGUGCAAGAGUGUCCAAGAUCCUCCGUGCGCCUUCUCUGCCACUGCUGUUUCCAAAAGAGAAGGCAGUGUUUGGACCGUCACUGUCUUCAACGAAUCCCACGGUUGCCAAUCGCUGCUACACACCGGCGACAGCAAGAGCAGAUUCACGCGACACCGCUCCAACCUGUUCCACCUCGGUCGGAAUGGAUUCUGCAUCGUAUUCCUCGUGAGCGUCAUGAGGUCACGACGAUAGUGACUCAACUGGCGAAGAAGAGGGUGCCAUUAUUAUUCCGCCACAUUUUCCUAAGCGUACAGGACUUCCGAUCAAGCGCAGGGUCCGGGGUGCGGACGAGCGGGCCAAGCGCGACACGAGCUGUGGCCUCUGCAAAAGGCCCGGACACAGCCGAAUUACAUGCGAUAG